AUGAAGAUCAACAACAUUGACGAUGAUGAGCGGCAUCAGCUCGAAUCCGAGCUCCACACCGAGAUCCUCCCCGGCACUGAGGUCAUGGCAGACGUUGGCAGCCAUCAUUUUGUCAAAGGCGCACAUCGCGAGGUCCUCGUGCCGCAACCCAGCGACGACCCAAAUGAUCCCCUCAAUUGGACUACAUGGUGGAAAAUAGCAUGUAUCAGUUCCGCCGCCAUGGUUACAUUCACGCAGGGUUUUGGACCCCUAGCCCUCGCACCUAUGUUUCCUGCGCUUAUACAAGCCUUCGAAACCGACCUGGCUGGUGCGGUGCAGUUUACUGGCGUAUGUAUCUUGGUGUUGGGGUUCAGCAACUUCAUUUGGGUCCCUAUCAGUACUUCUUUUGGUCGCCGACCGGUCUACCUCCUCUCCCAACUCAUAAACUUCGGUACCUCUAUUUGGCGCGCAAAGGCCAACUCCUAUGGCUCCUUCAUGGGCGCAUGUAUCGUUAACGGUAUCGGCGCUGGACCGGCAGAAACCAUCAUGCCCGAGAUCAUUGCGGAUAUCUUCUUCCUAGACGAUCGCGGGAAGUGGAACACGCUAUAUUGGGUGGUCUAUAUGGGCUCGUUGAUGAUAGGACCGAUUGUUUCCGGAUCAAUGACCGAGACAGUUGGAUGGCGCAACUUUUGGUGGCUCAAUACUGGAAUGCUAGGCCUUUCCUUCCUCAUGGUUGUGUUUAUGUUCCCCGAGACCCGAUUCCAACGGACGUUACCGAACGCACUGGCGCAAUCGAAGACCAGCUCCCUGGAUGAGAAGUCCCAGGCCACGACUGCUGAGAAUGUCAACACCAUUGAUACGAAGGUGGAUGGGAACGAAAUCAAACAUGUCAAUACUGCCAACUCUACCCUACCUAACACCGCCGUGCUCGAAGCCACCGAGACAGCAGCCCGAGACCCUUUCCUCGGCCGCGGUACACCCGGCAAAUGGCAAUGGCGCCUCUUCCAGCCAAACGCGCACCCCUUCCGCUCCAUAUUUCUCGAUCUGUGGAUCCCCUGGAAGUUGUUCGCUUUCCCAGUCGUCGAGUUUGCUGCUUUUGUCGCAUCCUGGUCUUGCUCCAGCUUCUUGACCAUCAAUCUCACGCAAAGUCAAGUGCUUGCCAAUCCGCCAUACAACAUGAAGCCCAUGAUCGUUGGUUUUACCAAUUUUGCGAUCAUGGUAGGUGCACUUAUUGGGUUAUUUACCGCAGGACCGCUCAGUGACUGGGUCAGUGCGAGAAGUACUAAGAGAAAUAGGGGGAUUCGAGAACCGGAGAUGAGACUUCCUGCUAUGAUACCUUACGUCAUCAUCAUGUUCAUCGGUAACAUUGUCGUGUCGGUUGGGUAUGAAAGAAAGUGGCCCUGGGAAGCUAUCGUCAUCAUUGGAUACACAUGCGCUGGUAUACAAGUAGCUGCUCUGCCAGCUAUUGUAAGCACCUACGCUGUGGACUCUUACAAACCGGUGGCCGGAAGUUUGUUCGUUGCAAUCACGGUGAACAAGAAUUUGUGGGGAUAUGGCUUUGGAAAAUUCAUCACGCCGUGGAGCAUGGAAGCUGGAUUCAUCCCACCGAUCAUGACGAACGCCAGUCUUAUAUUGCUCUUCUGCCUCUUUGGCAUUUUGUUUUGGUGGAAGGGCAAGACGUUCCGUCGAUGGAGCCGGAACAGCAGCGUCCACAAGAUGUAG